CCCCAACCCCAGUUUAGGCUGUCAUAGCGCUCAGGUGUUCCCGCAAUCCGUCGAGGUUGCAACUGAUGAAGUAGAAGCCUCCGCAUCUGUCGGUGGCUUCCGUGCUGCAUCUUCAUUCGCGGCACGAAAUGUCACGAGAUUGAUCACUGACGAGGCGACCCGAUGCCAAGUCCAUGUUGGUGCAGAUUUACGCCUCUACCGACUGCUCACUGUUUAGUAGAUAACAAAUGCCCGUUAUGGAUUUUCUCAUCAACAGUUUCGACCGGCCUGUGACUGCUACUCUCCUCGUCUACCGUUUUCCAUCUGUCGCUGAAAGGCGCUCUCAUCAUUUCGACGUCGGCUAGAAUCAGCUUUCGAGAAUCAGUUCUCAACGCCAGAAUCAGUUCCUUGCUCUGCGCCGCUCACAGCUUCAGUCUUAUGGGUUUAAUUUCUUCAAGAAGCAUCAUGGCCGCUUCGAUGAAUCGCCUCCUGCUUCUCGCGCUGCUCGCGCUCCUCGCCACGGCCAUCCUGGCGGAAGCUGCCAGCAAGGCCCGUUCCCAGCCGCCGGGAGGAGACGCCAAGGCCAAGGCGGCUACCAACAAGCGGGCGGGCAACUCCACUGCGGUCGGAUCGCCGUCUGGAAGGAAAGCAUCCGCUCGCUCGCAGCAGUCGGCCGCUCAGCCGCAGAUGGCGAGCGUCAAGAAGCAGCGAUCGGCUGACGGCCAGGACGCAGCGGGCGGAGCGAGUCGUGUGGCGGGAGGGAGGAGGCACGUGAAUGGGAGCGCGGCGGGCGGGCGGUGGAACGGCACUGCGCCUCCCCACAGCGCGAAUGGCACUCGCAGGGGCGCCGUGAACGGCACUGACGGCCAGGGCAGGCCGCACAGAGCUGGCCCUGCUGGCGCUGGCGGUCGUGCUGCUGGCGGUCGGGGCGGUCGUGUGCGCGAAGGCAACGUGGUUGGUGUGGUGAGCGCGCGGAUGAGCGGGGCCCAGAUGGUGGGGUCAGCAGGCAUGGUGAACGGCAGUGGGCAAGUGGAACUGAGGAUUGUCAAGACCGCCACUGACAUGGACGUGCACUACUCUCUCUCCCUCUCGCACCUCUCCUCCCCCUCCCCUCCCACUUCCGCCUCCAUCCUCUCCGGCCCCGCCUCCUCCGCCUCUGCCGCGCUGCUUCUCUCCUUCCCCACCUCCACGUGGACCAACAGCACCCGCCCCUUCCAUCGCCCCAGAAACACCACCAACACUGCUGCUGCUGGUCCCCCUGCCGCUGCUCGCUUCAGCUAUGGCGCCAGGGGCGUGUGGGAAAACGCCUCGUCCCUCUCUGCUGCUGCAGGCGGCUCUGUGGCGGCUGCUGUGAGGAACAUUCUUGCCGCCCCGGCCUCCUUCCACGCUCUUAUCGCCACCACUGCGUUCCCCAGCGGGGCGGUCAGGGGGCAGAUGGCAAACAUGACGCGCGGGGGGAAAUAAGGGAUGGGAGUAGAGAGGGGGGCCUCUGGCUGCUGCUGUGAGGAAUGUUCUCGCGGCCCCUUUCCUCCUGGUACACUGUCAUCGCCACCAACACGUUCCCCAAUGGGGCUGUGAGGGGGCAGAUGGCAAACAUGAUGGUGGGAAGUACUAGGGAAGGUCAGAGCAUGAAGUUUAGCUAGCAAUAGUGAUUCAAGCAGUAGGGAAGACUAGCAAGGAUACUUGCCUACCUACUUGCCACACCAUAUUCUCCCAGUUGUAUCCUGCAUAUUUUACUAGACCCGGGUUCUAUCCUUUUCCCCC